AUGUCAUCUUCAAAAUCAAAUUCAAAAUCGAUUCAUACAAAAACUCAUCAAGAAUCACUAGCAUCCGCUGAUUGUCAUUAUGAUAUUUGUAGUUACGAAGAUAUUAAUGGUACUGUUACUGAUGAUCAACAUAGUCGUACUCAAGUAUUAUUAGCUCGACAUGCUGAAUUAGUCAAUACAAUAGUUGGAACACGAUCACCGCAUGAUAACACAUUGUCUUCAUGUUCACAAUGUCGUAUUUUACAACAAGCAUCACCUGUUAUUCCACCUCCAUUGCCACCGCCACUGCCACCUAAGCUAUUAUUAGAACAACAAACAUCGUUUUCAAAUCGUAAUUAUUCAAGCACAUUAGCAACAUGUAGUCCACGUCGUGAAUGCCAACACCAUCAUCUUCGUCAUCAUUGCCAUCAUCAUCAACAACAACAACAACAAUCACUACAUCAUCCGACACAUCUCAAUUCAUCACAAUAUUCAACGCCAAAUCCAAGCAUUAUUUCAUCAAGUAAUAGUUCAUUAUGGACAACAACAACGAGUUUAUCUAAAAAACAGCGUUCUAAAAUUCGAACCAAUCCUUGGAUUGGAAAUACUUUACUAAACAAUCGAUCAUCAAUUUUUAUUGAACCACCAGAUCUAUGUCAACAUCAAGCAUCACCCCUAAUACCUCGUAUAUCACAACCUGAAUAUAGUAUAUAUGAUCCAACAUUUCGUACAUCACCUUCAGCAUUAAUGCAUUCAGAAUCAUUUCCAAUAACAACAUCAAAUACUAAUACUAAUCUAACAAGUUCACCAUCACCUCCUCGACCACCAGUAGUACCUACACCAGCACCUGCAUCCAGUGUUAUUUUGCAUCAAAGUGAUAGUGGACAUGGAUUCUCUCUGUCGAGUUCACGAGUUAUCGAUUCAUCAUCAUCGUCAUCGGCUUCUUCCUCGUCACCAUCUCCAUCGAAUUCAUCGCUAGGAAAUAACACAAGCAGUGAUGGUGUUUUAGGAAAUGAUAAGCAACGUUGUCGUCAAAAGAAACUUAAAAAGAAAAUCUCGACAAUAUCAUCACCAUUAGUAAUACAAAAGAAUUCAAAACGAACUACUAAUGCAGAACAAUAUGUAGUUCCACACACAGUAACUUCAGAGAUUGGUAGUUUAACACGGCAAAGAAAAACUUCACAAAUGCCACCAAAAGUCACUAUUCAAUAUCGUUACCAACGAGCAUCAACUGAUACGAAAAAUAGCACUGUAAAAUUACCCAAUGACCAAACGCAUGAUCAGUAUCAUUCACGUAGUUCAUCAUCUCGUUCAAUUAAUGAUCAUUUUUCGCUUGAAUUUGAAGAAAUACUUGAAAAUGAACGUUCACAUAAACAACGUAAAGAUAAACAACCUUCGACUAAUAUUGUAUCACCAAAAUUGAUAUCGUCACGUAAGAAUCCAUUUAUACUUCCAUUAGAUGAAACCAAUAUCAAAUUACCAUCACCACCACCGAUUUUAUUUUCACCCAAACUAACAAAAACAAAUUCGCGUGCUAUAUUAAAACAUAUUGCAGACAUUGAAAACGAAAUUCGAUUAAUUAAAAAUUUAGACCUAACCAAUGAUGAUGAUGACGAUUAUGAUCUUUUACCAUGUGCUGCUAAUCCUGAAGAUAUCAAUAUAGAACAUGAAAAAAGCCAUGAGCAUGAUGUUAAUAAUGCAGAAGAAGACAUUAAAGAUGAACGGCAAUCAAUUAAUGAACAGGUUGACCAAUGGGUUGAAAAAUGUUUACAAACAGCCAAGACUACUACUAAUAAUUCAUCAACUCUUGUUCAUACUGAAUGCGAUCAAUUGUCAAAUACCGUAAAAGAUGAUGUCUUAUGUGUAUGUUCCAAUGAUGAUCGCCAAACAACAUCAGAGCCUGAAAAAACAACCAAAUUAGUGACUGCAUUCUAUUUAAGUUCAAUACCAGCUCGGACAACAAAACGAACAUCUUCGUUUAUAAAUCAGCCAUUUAAACUAGAGAAAUCUCAGACUAUCAUAGACUAUUUACAGCCUACACACGAGUGUCCUUUUUAA